GAAAACGUAAGGUUCCCCCAAUACAAAUCAUGUAUGAUGUUGAUAGUAUUCCUGUUCAAGACAGCUUUAAAUACCUGGGAAUUAUCUUAGACUCCAAAAUUACCGGCGCACAGCAUUGUGAACAUUUGGUUAAUGAAUGUGAACGUCUUUUAAAUAUUCUUAGGUGUUUAGCUGGUGUCUGGUGGGGCGCUCAUCCCUUUACUCUCAAAUUACUUUAUAAUUCCUUGACACGUAGUAUAUUAGACUGUGGUACUUUUUUAUUAGAACCUGGGAGUAGUAGCGCUUUAAAAAAGCUUGACCGUAUAUAAUCAAAAGCUCUAAGACUGGUUACAGGAGCCAUGAAGUCAAGUCCAAUCAAUGCUUUACAGGUAGAGUGCUGCGAAUCGCCAUUACAUCUUAGACGCCAAUAUUUAUCUGAUAGGUAUCUCUUUCGUUCCAUCCAGUUAGCUCAUCACCCAAUUUUUUUUGGGUUGCAAUCUCUGACAGAAAAAAUUGAAUCUUCCAAUUAUUGGGUUAAUAAAUGUCCUCCAUGCUUAAUAAUAAUUAGCUACACAAAAUAUUUGAACCUCCAAUCCCCUAUACAUCGUUCUAAUUUACUUCCUCCUUUUGAAGCUAAUUACGAGUCCUUGAUUUCAUGUCCAGAUAUUAUUUUAAAUUCUAUUAAACAAAGAUUCAAAUACAAAAUUUAAUUUCAAAUACCUUAUUGAUACUGAAUAUAAUAACCAUCAUCAUAUUUACACGGAUGCCUCAAAACAUAAUCCAUCUGGUAAUGUAGGUAUAGGAGUGUAUCAUGCCCAAUAUAACAUUGUUCAAAAAAUCAAAUUACCCCCUGAAUCUUCGGUUUUUACAGGCGAAUGUUAUGGUCUUUUAAAGGCAUUGGAAUACAUAAUUACUAUGAAACUUAAAAAUACUAUCAUAUUCACAGAUUCUAUGAGUUCUCUCCAAUCACUAAGCAAAUUCCCCCUCAGAAUGAAAUUUCAUUUUCCAUUUAUUUAUGAAAUAAGAAAACUACUUUACAAGUGUCAAACUUAUAACUUCUCCGUUCAGUUCAUGUGGAUUCCAAGUCACUGUGGCAUUACUGGAAAUGAGCUAUCUGAUAAGCAAAGAGUACUUAUAUAUACUGGAAACUGAUAAGUUAGCAAAUGAGGCAGUGUAUUGUGGGGACAUGCAUCCUUACAAAAACUAUAGCAAUGACCUUUUAUCUCUUCCUAAAGAUGAUCUUUAUAAUGCCUGGUGUAAUAUUUGGGAACGAAGUUCGCGAGAAAAAGGUAAAUUCUUUGCAUCAAUUCAACCACACAUUCCUAAUAAACUAUGGUUCCGUAAAUCCAAGUAUGGUAAGAAAGAAAUCUCGAUUGUAAUUCGCAUGCGUCUUGUACAUGUCUGCACUCAUGAUCAUCUCACUAGAAUUGGCAUUAUUAACAACAAUAUAUGCGACUGCGGCAUGGGUAUGGUUGGUGAUCUCAACCACAUAUUGUUUGUUUAAACUAUGACCGCUCCUUCUUUUUCAAUGAUCUUGUGUCCCUUCAUAUUCUUUUCCCUACUUCUGUGCCUACCUUACUGUCCACUAAUAAACCAUCUGUAUAUAAUUGCCUUACCAAUUUCAUCAUCCAUAAUAAUAUUAAAAUAUAAAUAUAAUUUGUGUAUAUGUUUAUUGUGUUAUUUUGUAAAUAUGUUAAUAAUUAAUUCUUUUUAUCCUAAUACUCGAAAUCCCGAAAACCCUCCUUUUCUUUUCCUUAUGUUUCCUAACCUUUAUAAUAAUUACAAAAUUGGCUAAAAUGCACAAAACGUGCGAAGCCAUACCAAAAGAAAAAAUUAUAGAACCGGUAGUUUCUAGAGUAUUUGAUGGUAUCCUGUAGCCUACUCAGAAGUCCUGGGUUCGACACGUGAAAAUGUUUGUAUGAUGAAUACGACCAGCAUAUAUUCUACCUGAUUCAUGACUGUUUAAAUAAACAUGUCUAAAAAAAAUAUACUUUCUCUCUUUUACCCUAAUCCCAUCGCACUCAUGGAGUUGCUCCAUGCGUGAUACCCUUAAAUUGUGUUUGUUUUUACAUGUUUAUGAAAUUUUGUGUGUCUAUUUAGGUCUAAGAACAUUAAACGGAACCGCGUGCCGUCUGCGUCUUUUUUGUAUCCCGCGCUUUUGAGACAAAUAUUGUAUGCUUUCCAAUUACAGAGCAUAAUGCGACUCAGUGCCGCACAAUGCCCAAUUAUGCUGAUGCUUAAUUGGAACGUGAAUUAGUUUUCAAAUGCACCAGCAGAGUGCGCUAAGUUCAGUGUUGAAAAAAAAAGUCAAUGUUUGUACCUUCAUCCAUACUUAUAUUUAUUUUUUAACAGUUUGAAUGAACUUUGAUUAUUUAAAAAAAAACUAUUUAAUAAUUUUUCAACAAUAAAUAAUAUUACUAACGAUAACAUAUAAAUAAAACAUUUCGAUCAAUGCCAACUUAAAGAAAAAACACUUGUUAAUUUUCUGUCUCUAAGUUGGUACCAUUGCACGCAUCACACGAAAGCAUCACUUUUGAGAGUGCUCAAUUGUGCGAAGCGUUGCUGUAGUUGGAACACUCAACGCUAAGCAUUAUGUCGCAUAAUGCGCAAUAAUGCUGUAAUUGGAAAGCAACCAUUAUUGAGUGCCUCUGGCUUUAAUUCAUAGAGAAAAGUAAAUACACUGGAAACUUUAAUUGCUGUACUCGCUCUAAUGCAGGCACUCUAUUUCAGUGAAAUUAUUAUUAUCACAACUUUUUUAUGUAAAUAUGGUCUGGGUGCCAUUCGCCUAAUGGAAUUGCUAUGGUUAUCGCUUAUUUGUUUUGUUAUUUCCGACUGCCGAAGGUUUUCAAAUGCCCCGCACUCGGUUUUUCUUUUGUAUUGUUAACAACAAUAAUAAAGACAUUGAGCGUAAGGUAUUUGAAAACCUUCGGUGGUCAGAAAUAACAAAGUGAAAUUUAAGCGAUAGCGAUACCCAUAGCAAUUACGUAAGGCGAUUGACCUCCAGGUUUGCAAAGCCAUAAAGACAUUGAGGAAUUUAAAAAAAAACAAAAAUAAAAGCUAUGACAUGCCAUUUAAUCAACUUGUAUAAUUACUAUGUCAACUUUAAUUUUAUUAAAUUUAAUGAUGAUUUGUCCUUAAAUAAUUAUUAAAUCUUAAAAUAAAAAAAAAUAUUUACCAUGUGUUAGGUGGCAACAAUCCAUUGGGUGGCGCAAUUUGGCCAGACUUUAAAAUAUUUUGUAAAAAUACUUCGAGUCUUGUCUUAGGACCACCUUCAUCAAUAUUAUCUAGUAUUUUCAAAUAAUCUACACUUAUCAAUUUUAUAAUUUUUGUAAACUGUUUUCUAUAAAAUUUAAAAAAAUCAGAACCACACACAGUGAAAAAGUCAUGUAGCAAUGUAGCACUAAUAUCUGGCUCUGGUUUCAAAUUAAUGAAUGAUGCUAACCAUUGCCAACCAUAUCUAAUUCCAUGAGGAUUUGUUGCAUUAACAAAUCUCGGAGGUAAAGUUAUCCAAAUGGCGCAAUAAAGUCUAAAUAUUCCUGACAUUCUCUUAAGAAAUUUAUCCUGUUUCUCUACUAGUCCUUCUUCAUUGUAUGUAUAGCCUCUUGACAAAUAGAAUUCCAUGUCUGUUUGACCUUCCUUUUGGGGCAGGAACAUUGGGACUGAGUAUGGACAUUGUCUAUGAAAAUUUGCUUCCAAUAGUUUACCAAAUGUUGGGAAUUGAGACCAAAGUGCAACAGUCACAGCUGCUAGGGGAAAUGCUGCCUCUGGGUUACUUGACACCAAAAGCUCACCUUGUCGCACAAUCUUUUUAGCUAAUAAUGCAGUACAAUAAUAUAGCCCUUGAGGAUGUUGGGUUGCCGUUACAAAAGUAUCUAAUACUUGAACUCUUUCUCCUUUGAGCAAUUUUGAUAACUUAUCAUAUUUAUCUCUCAUAUGAGAUCCACUUACAGAUGAUAAGGCAUUGACUGGAGUGUUUACCGCUUUUUGACAGUCAAAUCUAAAUUUCUUCAAGUUAGAAUUUUCUAAAAGCUCUUUGUAUUGACUUUCAUAGGUGUCAAGAAAACUCUUCAGUUCCAAAUAAUAAUUAUAGUUUUUAGCGGAAUAAAACAUUGGCUUAUUAGGUUUGUCUUGAUUCUUUUGGUUUGCGAUAAUCAAAGCUUUAGCUUCUUGCUCUUUUUUCAUUUCAAGUUCUAGUUUCUGUUGUAGUUCUUUCUUUUUGGCCUCUUCCACUUCCUUUUCUUUUUUUACAAUUUCUUGUUGUUUUAAAUCAUGUAUAUCAUUCAGAAACUUGUUUCUUAUGUUUUCUAUAUUCAAAGCCAUUAUUUCAGAUUGUUUUACCUCCUUAUCAGUAAUUGCUCCUGUUUUACAAUAUUCCAUGAUUAUAUUCAUAUUUUUUAUAAUGGUAUUAAUAGAUGUAAUGUAAUUAUCAUAUACAUUCUUUGCAAGUGGUUCACUUUGCAACAGAUUUGUUAAUUCAUUGUAACAAAUACAAACUUUUGCAUGACUCUCUGUAAUAGAACCAAGGCGGGCAGUGGCUUUAUUUUGUUCCUCUAAUAUUUUGUUCAUGUUAUCAAUAAUUUGUUGAUUUUUUAUAUGACUUUGUUGCUCAUCAAACUUUGCCUUUUCUAAGACUGAAAGGUUGUCAUUAUCUUGGAGCCCUUUUAGAAGCAACAAUUUUCGUCUCCUAUGUUCUAAUGCUCUUCUUUCACAUUCUUCACUUUGCUUUUUCCAGUACCUGCUCAUGGCCUCUGCUCGGUUUGCUAUCAUUCUUUCAACAAGAUCUUUAAAUAACUCUUCUGUACUUUCUUGUAAUUUGAUGUCAUAUUUUUUUCGCAGAAGUGUGUAACGUAAAUCUUCUUUGCAUAGGUCUUCCAUCAAAUCUUCCUGUUUUUCACAUGUUUCCUUUGUUGUGUCAUUGGUAAUUAUUUGUUUUUUGAUAGGGCUAUUUGGUCCUAUCGUUACUUCCUUUACAAGUGGACUUAUUUCUGCAGCUUUUGUUAGUGCAGAUAUUCGGAGUUUUUCAAAAUCUGCUAACUGACUACAAAUACUGUCGUCCUUCUUUCCAGUGUUGCUAAACGACAAGUCUUCGUACGUUUCAUCAAAUAUAUUAUAUGAGUUAUUCAUACUUGAAUAUUUCUGUGUACUAAUCACACAUGUACGUAAUUUUAUUUAAUAAAACUAUUGUUUGUGUUUCUUUUCCAUUCCACAAAGCACAACAUGAAGCAACUUGAAGGUACCACAAAAAUAUGCCGAUCCGACUGACUGACGUAACUACAUGACAGUUGAAGUUGACCACAGAAUAUUGCAUCGACAGCUAAUAUAGGCCUGUGCGACAUAAACCGAUUUUACAUAAAAAAUCGAUACACUGAUAUAUCAAAUCAACAUAAAAAAUGUUAAAAACUCAUUUAAACAAAAGAAAAUGUUUUGAUUAGCAGUAUAUACUCUGACCAUUACAUGGAAUGAAAAGAAGAGACUGCUUGUAAUUAUUCUAAUAUGUCUACCUACUCGGCUCGAUGAGAUUGCGCCGGUGAGAUGCGGUCAUUCAAUGCGGCCAUUUUUACUUUUAGUUUACGUUCUUAGCUUAAUCUUCCAUAGAAAUACUACUAUUUAUUUUCUUCGAAAGAAUUUCUAACAAAAAAUAUAUAUAUAUUAAGUGGCUGAGUGAACAUAAAACUUUUGCCUGUUCUAAAAACUAUUGAUUUAAGGCGCGAAAUUCUGACAGACAAGUGUCAGAUUAAAAACGAAGUCUCGGUGUUUCAGUGUAAAUGUAAACUUUGUUUUUCGAUAUGGUUCUGCAAAAUACUGGAAAAUUUAGGCCUGAUCGAGAAAAUGGAUUCAAAAAAGACGCAGGUACCUCUUCUGGAGCAAGAGAGGAAUCGUCAGAAUCACGUAUCAGAAAUGCAUUAGAAAAUGAUCGUAUUGAUUCCAAAUAUGGAUUUGAUAGAGUGCGAGAUGCAAAGGAAAGAACUGGUUACUUAAUAAACAUGCACACGGCUGAAGUACUGGAUGAAGACAAACGGUUAGUAGCUGCAAUGGACUAUUAUUUUAUAGAGAUGGAUGGUACCCGUUUCAAGAUAUCUCUGAUGUUUCAACCCUAUUUCCUAAUAAUGGCUAGAAAAGAAUGUGUACAAGAAGUAAUUCAAUAUUUAUCCAAAAAAUUUGCUGGAACUAUUCACAAAAUAGAUAUUAUUGAAAAAGAGGAUUUAGAUUUGCUCAAUCAUCUGUCUGGCUUAAAGCAGAGUUACAUAAAACUCUCAUUCAUGACUCAAAAUGAAAUGAUGAAAGUAAGAAGAGAAAUAUUAACUGCUGUCAAUAAAAACAAAGAAAGGGAGAAAAAGGAUGCUAUCUAUGCGGAAAUGUUGACAAAUGCUUUAACUAGUUCUGCUGCUCUGGAACACGCUAAAAAGACCACAGAUCAUAUGGAAAAUAUUUUAGAUAUAAGGGAGCAUGAUGUACCUUAUCAUGUGAGAGUAGCAAUUGAUGUGCAAAUUUUUUGUGGUACCUGGUACACUGUAAAAAGUAGAGGUACAGAAUUACCUAUAUUCACAAAGCGAGAUGACAUCCUAGAAAGACCGGAUCCGAUAGUCUUAGCCUUUGAUAUUGAAACAACUAAACUGCCGCUAAAGUUUCCCGAUUCACAAACAGAUCAAAUAAUGAUGAUAUCUUACAUGAUUGAUGGCCAAGGAUAUCUUAUUACUAACAGGGAAAUUAUUUCAAUAGAUGUUGAAGAUUUUGAAUAUACUCCUAAACCGGAAUUUGAAGGGCAAUUUAUUAUAUUUAAUGAGGCCAAUGAGCUGGCCUUAAUACAAAAGUUUUUUGAUCACAUUAUGGAUGUCAAACCACACAUUUUUGUUACUUACAAUGGUGACUUUUUUGAUUGGCCCUUUGUGGAGGCACGAGCUGCUAUUCUUGGUCUAGACAUGAAGCAAGAAAUAGGUUUUAGUAAAAUUGCUGCAAGAGACAACACCUACGCAUGUCGCCCUGCAAUGCAUAUGGAUUGCUUAUGUUGGGUGAAAAGAGACUCAUAUUUGCCAGUAGGCUCGCAAGGUUUGAAAGCUGUAGCCAAAGCAAAAUUGCGAUAUGACCCUGUAGAGUUGGACCCAGAGGACAUGUGUAGAAUGGCAGCAGAACAACCACAGGUGCUAUCUAACUAUUCAGUAUCUGACGCCGUGGCGACGUAUUAUUUAUACAUGAAAUAUGUUCAUCCGUUCAUAUUCGCUCUUUGCACGAUUAUUCCAUUGGAGCCAGAUGAGGUUCUACGAAAAGGUUCAGGGACGCUGUGUGAAUCGUUACUGAUGGUGCAAGCGUUCCACGCUAACAUCGUAUUCCCGAACAAACAAGUCGAAGAACUGAACAAGCUGACCACUGACGGUCACGUCCUGGAGACGGAGACAUACGUAGGGGGACACGUAGAAGCAUUGGAAUCAGGCGUAUUCAGAGCGGACAUCAAAUGUAAAUUCAGGAUAGUGCCGUCCGCUGUAGAGAAACUAAUGGAUACCGUCGAGAAGACGAUGAAACACGCCAUAGAAAUAGAGGAGGGGGUCCCUUUAGACCUGGUGACUAACUUCGAUGAAGUGUGCGGCGAAAUCAAAGCGAAGCUGCAACAUAUGCGAGACCAUCCCAGGAGAGAUGAGAACCCGUUAAUUUACCAUUUGGAUGUGGGCGCUAUGUACCCUAAUAUAAUCUUAACUAACAGACUGCAACCAUCAGCCAUGGUGAAUCCUAGUAUAUGUGCAGUGUGUGACUAUAACAAGCCCGGUGCUACUUGUCAAAGACACAUGGAAUGGAUGUGGAGAGGAGACUAUCUGCCGGCGACGCGUAGCGAAUAUCAACGCAUCCAGCAACAAUUAGAGACGGAAAAGUUUCCGCCCUUACAUCCCGGUGAACCACCCAGAGCUUUUCACGCGCUGCCCAAAGAAGAUCAGGCUGCAUACGAGAAAAAACGCUUAGCUGACUACUGUAGGGUGGCGUACAAGAAAACCAAAGUUACCAGAACCGAAGUCAGAACUACUACAAUAUGUCAAAAGGAAAAUUCCUUUUAUGUUGACACUGUGAGAGCAUUUAGGGAUCGUCGCUACGAAUACAAAGCGCUCAACAAGCAGGCGAAGGCCAAAGUGUCGGAAGCGGUGGCUAGCGGCGACGCGGCCGAAAUCAAGUCGGCGAAGAGUCGCGAAGUGUUGUACGAUUCCCUGCAAUUAGCUCACAAGUGCAUCCUCAACUCUUUCUAUGGUUACGUCAUGAGGAGGGGAGCCCGAUGGCACAGUAUGGAGAUGGCAGGCAUCGUGUGCUAUACAGGAGCCAACAUUAUAAUGAGGGCGCGCGAGAUCAUCGAGCAAGUCGGCCGACCGCUCGAGUUGGAUACAGACGGUAUCUGGUGCAUUCUACCUUCGUCGUUUCCUGAAAACGUUACUGUUCUCACGACCCACCAGAAAAAGAAAAAGAUCAAUGUAUCUUAUCCAAAUGCUGUGCUCAACGCAAUGGUUAAAGACCACUUUACUAACGACCAGUAUUUCGAGCUCGUGGAUCCAGAGACUCGCAAUUACGAGAAACGUGCAGAGAACUCCAUAUUCUUCGAAGUGGACGGGCCUUAUUUAGCGAUGGUAUUGCCGGCUUCUAAGGAGGAGGGGAAGAAGCUGAAGAAGCGGUAUGCCGUAUUCAACUUCGACGGUUCCCUAGCUGAAUUGAAAGGUUUCGAAGUAAAACGCCGUGGUGAACUGCAGCUGAUCAAAAUCUUCCAGUCUUCAGUAUUCGAAGCUUUCCUCAAAGGCAACGACCUGAAGUCUUGCUACAGCGCGGUAGCACGCGUCGCCGACUAUUGGUUGGACGUUUUGUAUAGCAAAGGCUCGAACAUGCCCGAUUCAGAGUUGUUCGAAUUGAUAUCAGAGAAUAGAUCUAUGUCAAAGAAACUGGAAGACUACGGCGGACAGAAGUCUACCUCGAUUUCUACCGCGAAAAGGCUUGCAGAGUUUUUAGGCGAUCAAAUGGUGAAAGAUGCUGGACUCGCUUGCAGAUUCAUAAUAUCACGUAAACCGGAAGGCGCUCCAGUAACAGAACGAGCAAUACCCCUCGCCAUAUUCCAAUCGCCGGCGGCUGUCAGACGCCAUCAUUUACGGCGCUGGCUGAAAGAUAGCAGUGUCACCGAGGACCUGGACAUCCGAGACGUGCUGGACUGGGCUUAUUACAUAGAGAGACUCAGCGGCGCUAUACAGAAGAUCAUCACUAUUCCCGCCGCCAUGCAGGGGUUGGACAACCCAGUACCCCGCGUGCAAUACCCGGACUGGCUGCACAAGAAAAUGCUCGCGAAACAAGACAAAUACAAGACCAGGAAAAUCACUGACAUGUUCAGUGCCCAACCCAAAGAAUUGAAGGAGAGGGAUGACAAUGAAGCUUCUACGAGUCACCAAGAAUCAAUGGACACAGAGGUCGACAUAGAAGAUAUAGGCAAAGAGAAAAAUAGUAACGGUGACGUCAUAAGGCCGGUAGUUCACACUGUGAAGCGUAAACGAGAGGAAUCACCAGUCAAAGAAGCCGCUACUUGGCGCGAAGCUUUGGGACCGCCGCCACCUUUCGGAACUACUAAGGAGGAGAGACGGGCAUGGAUUGUGUUCCAAAAAAAGAAAUGGAUGUGGCAGAUGGAACAGCGCGGCCUGCGCAAUCGCAACAAGCGAGGUAAAAUGGAUGAUGCUAACGCAAUGCCACCACCCAAGUAUUCAGGUCCGACCAAUACACUGGGAGGUUUUAUUAGAAAGGCCCAAAGGACACUGCUUAACACGCCCUGGCAACUCAUUCAAGUAGCCGAAACAGCGGAGCCAGGUCUAUUCAAACUAUGGGCCUUAGUUGGUUCGGAGUUGCAUCAGAUCAAGCUGACAGUACCGCGCAUAUUCUACGUGAACCAACGUGUGUGCCGGCCCACUGAUAGCGGCCAGUAUUGGCGCAAAUGUAACCGGAUACUGCCGAGAGCUCAUCCGGUCCUACACCUUUACCAGUAUACUGUGCCGGAGCAAAUCUACAGGGAGCAUCAAGAGGAACUGAUGGGAGAGCUGUCGACUCCAGAGAUCGAAGGAAUAUACGAGACGCAAAUGAGCUUGGAGUUUAGAGUGCUCGUUCAGCUCGGCUGUAUUUGUGCCGUAGACCAGCAAGAGGCGAGGCGUCUUAUUCAAUUUGGCUCAAACAAUAUGGACUCCUUCACUUUAAACCAACUGCAAUUCAAGAGUGUAGCCCACCAACCUUAUUUGCAAAAACAGGAUGGGGUAUCUCCAAUGAAACAUAUCUAUCUAUACCAGCAUUCCGCAUUAAACUCCAGCCGCAGUAUGUGGGCGUUGAUACUGGGCCCGAGCAAGCGCGCGUACAUGUUCGUUUUGGACACAGUGAAGACGAAUCAGCUGCCCAAUCUGAACACUUUGUACUCUACAGAGAGGACUGCUAAAAUAAACCUCGGCAGCGACGAGAGUACUUUGCCCGGGGGGGAGCUUACAUGGGAGGUGUUCAUAGAAAGUGAAGCGAAAGCCGUAUGGCGCGGCGUUCAGCGCGCGUUACAGCGGUACCGCGACGAACGCUGCGGGCCCACGCUGUUAGCACUGCAGGCCGCAUUAUCCCCGCCUGCACUACUGGCUCUUAUGCCCGGUCUAUCGGAUUUCCCAUUGGUGCCGCUACACGUGCGAGACGUAGAAACUCUAUACAACACGUUGGAAUGGCAGCGGAUCGGUGCGCGAGCUAUCAUGCGACAUUAUCUGAACCUCGAGUCUGUGCUGCAGCUCACCAUAGAACAGUGCAGGUACUUCCACGUACCUCUAGGCAACAUGCCGGCGGAUCCCACAUUAUUCGGGGCGGACUUGUUCUACGCUCGACAUUUGGUCAAACACAACUUCGUACUGUGGUGCUCGAGCCUGGAACGACCUGAUUUGGGAGGCCGCGAGACUGAUGACAACAGACUCGUGAGUGAGACAGAAGAAAUGUCCGGUUGUAGUCACAACGCUAGCGGCGCUUACGGCAGCGUUUGCGUAGAAUUAGAAAGCGACGCGUUAGCUGUCUGCGCACUAUUACAAGCACAGCACGUUCUACAAGCUGAAGGAACCAGCGCUGCCACUUCCUUUGGGGCCCAGCACGCCAACAUUCAGGACGCCAUGGCCAGUACCGGUCCUAACGCGUCAGUAAACUACGACGAGACAGCACAAUGUAACGCAGCGUUCAAGAUCCUGAGGACUAUGAUAGCGUCGUGGCUGCGUGACGUCACUCAGUACAAGAACGUGUUCGCCGACUACCAGAUAUCGCAUUUCUAUAGAUGGCUAAAAACACCAACUUCAUUACUAUACGACCCUGCGUUACGGCGCACCCUCUACAACCUGAUGAAGAAGCUGUUCCUCAUGCUGGUAGCGGAGUUCAGACGGCUCGGAUCUCUCAUCGUGUACGCGGACUUUAACAAGAUCAUACUGUGCACGAAGAAGAAUUCAGUACUAGACGGCAUUGGUUACGUGGAGUUCGUGGUGCAGAGUAUCCGAAAUAAGGAGUUGUUUCACGGCAUCGAUAUUCGAUACAAACAGUGCUGGUCUUAUCUUCUUUGGUUGGAUGAAGCCAACCACGCGGGCGUACAGGGAAAAUUACCACCAGGCUUGGAGGAAGUGGGAUCAUCGCAAGUACCUCCUACUGAAGAAGGAGAAGAGGAAGAGGAUGGUACCAUAACAAUGCAUUGGAACCUGGCACACUUCCUACCGGCGGCGGUGAGGGAACAGUUCACUGCGGCCGUGGCAGGGUUCCUUAGUGCCGCGUGCUCACAGCCGGACCAACUACGGUCCAUACUCAGCGGGGAGAUAUCGCAGAAGCUGUUCCAAGUGACGGAGAAGAUAAACAGCCGCAUGCCGAUGCUAAAGAUGUCCGACAUAGGGCCUCAGCCGGGCCUCAAACCCGGCGCUUUGCCCCCAGAUGCCACGCCUGCCUUGCUGUACGUCAAUGCUAUCUGCAAGGUGUUUUCACUUGACACCACACUCGAUGAAGAGGUAACGCUUCUUCGUCGCAACCUGCUCCGUCUGAUUGGCGUAGGGGAAUUCAGUAGUUCAGCCGAAUGGCGCGACCCUUGUGCCUCGUGCUCUUUGUCAGAAGUGAUCUGCAAAGUGUGCAACCACUGCCGCGACCUCGACCUGUGCCGAGACACUACCCGGGCAGUCCACGACCAAUGCCCCGUGUGUGUUUGUCCUACGUGCGGCACGGCGUACGACAACCAAGAAUUGGAGUGGCGGCUAAUCGAGACCAUGAACAGAAGGGCAAUGACCUAUACGUUACAAGAUCUCAUCUGCAGUCGAUGUCAUCAGGUAAAACGAGAGAAUUUGUCAACUGUAUGCGACUGUGCUGGUGAUUUCUCACUAAUGGUGCCUUCCAAAGAGAUCCACUCACAACUGACCACUUUCAAGACAAUUGCGCAAUACUACAAAAUGCCCCUAUUACUUGAACUCAUAGAAUUCCACUUGGCGAAGAUGUGAUAGAUGUAACAUUAAUCAUUGUAAUUAAGUUAUAAUAAAUGUUUAUUUAUUUAUUUUGUAUUUCCAUACCCUACCACAGUGGUUACUAAUCUGGGUUCUGUAAAUCUCAUCUUGGUGUUCUGC